CAGACCUGCCUCAGAUCACACUCAUGUUACUGUGUAAUUGUGUUGUCAGAUGUGUGGAAGGAUGAACAUGUGCUGACCGCAUAGCAUAGAAAUGUACAUUUUCUCUUGGGAGUAGCAGGAUUUUCUCUUCUGUAGUAAACUGGCUCCCGGCCCAGGGAAAGUGAUGGAACAGCGACUCCUCCCUGCCAGAGACCUCGCAGCACGUUCUUUCUCUCUUUGUAAACAGUUUGUUGCUUUCCACUGAGCGGAGACAGAAAGAGAGUUCCGGAUAUUCUGCAGACUCUCAUUACAGAACAAGGUACUGUCUGAGUGUGAGAGAGGAAGAGACAUGUCUGCAGCAGAUACAGGAAGCUUUGUGGUUAUCUCACAAGUGGGACAAAAAACUCAACAUGCAAAUGGAGCUGAGGAAGGGAUGAAUUCUGAUGCUGCAGUCCCUUUGCCCAAACCACUGGUCACAUUUUACAAAGGAGAACCUGAAGCUCUUGGGGUAACUCAAAUAUUUGUUGGAAUAAUUAUGAUCACAUUUGGUCUUGUUUUAACGAUUAGUGGGCAAAGCCGUUUCCAUUCCCUGGAUAUAGUGAUCUAUAGUGGUGUUCUCUUUUGGACUGGUAUCAUGUAUAUUUGUUCUGGGUCACUCUCAGUUGCUGCAUCGGCCAAACCCACAGUGGGGAAGGUGAGGUCAAGUUUGGUUCUAAACAUCCUCAGUUCAGUGGUUGCUGGUGUUGCAAUGAUAAUGAUGUCAAUUUCCUAUCCUACACUCUUCAUAUACCACUACUACUACAGACCAUAUGUGUUCUGUGCCUAUUAUACACCAAGCCAGGACUGUGUAGGGGAAUAUGAUUAUAAGGUUUUCUUACAGGGUAUCCUGGCAAUCCUUUUAAUACUUCACAUACUGAUAUUCACCAUCAACAUAUCCACAUCUGUAUUUGCAUGCAGAACUGUGUGCCGGUCAUCCUUUACUGAAAUGAAUGUGGUCAUCUAUCAAACCACGUCUUUGAGUGCUCCCAACACAACGGCUGCUUCAACUGAUGGGGACAUAAAGAUACAGGGAUAAAGGACAGGCCGUGGGAUUGUGACACAAGCACAGCAGAGGACUACAUGGGAGACAUCACUAUUUUAAUUAGAUGUAUUUUAGAGGAUUCACUUUUCUAUUGGAAGAGUUCAGUUCUAUAUGCUUCCGGUCUAGCCUAAUAGUUUACAAGAGCAGGGCGGAUUAACAAUGGGGAGCAUGGAGCUCCAGCCCCAGUCCCACAUAUAAAAAUAAGCCCAUCGUCAUGGCAGCUUGAUGGUGAUGAGCCGCCCAGCUGGUCACACGGUCAGCCAUAAAUCAUAUGAUUUAAAAUUGUCUUUCUAGGUUUCUCACAAAAUUAUGCAAUUUUUCUGUUUUGAUGUAAUGAGUCAGACAUUGAGGCUGAUAGUGUAGGGGCUGUACACGCCCACAUGGCCAGGGCCAAAACUAAGAUUCCCGUAAACCAGUAAUUUGGUCCCCCCCCCCCCCCCCCCGCUUUCCACACCCACACAUGAAUGAGGGAUUUAUAAACUGUAUAUGUAUAUAUAAAACAUUUUACCACAAUGGUCUGAAUCUCUCUCUCUCUCUCUCUAUUUAUAUAUAUAUUAGAGAUGAGCGGGUUCGGUUUCUCUGAAUCCGAACCCGCCAGAACUUCAUGGUUUUUUUCACGGAUCCGAGCAGACUCGGAUCCUCCCGCCUUGCUUGGUUAACCCGAGCGCGCCCGAACGUCAUCAUGACGCUGUCGGAUUCUCGCGAGACUCGGAUUCUAUAUAAGGAGCCGCGCGUCGCCGCCAUUUUCACACGUGCAUUGAGAUUGAUAGGGAGAGGACGUGGCUGGCGUCCUCUCCAUUUAGAUUAGGGUUGAGAGAGAGAGAGAGAGAUUGACCUGAGGCUGUGAUACUGUAGAAGAGAGUGCAGAGUUUAGUGACUGACGACCACAGU